AUGGAGCCUGCCGGCAAGAGGCGCAAGCUGGCCCCAAAGCUCAAUGCCUCUGCAUCUUCACCUCCGGUCCCUCACUCUGCGCCCUACAAUCACAAACCACCUCGACCCUCUCACAUAGUCCCAGAUGCGCCUCACCACAGCCAGCGCCACGAAUUCGAGGCCUUCGCCCGCCAUUUGCACGAUGCCGCCAUGCUCAUCAACCGCCAGUCAGCCCACUCCACCACCUCUUAUACGAAUGUCUCGGUACUUUUGUUGGGUUGGCAAGAUGAUGCCGCCGCCGUAGAAAACAUCCGCGCGCUGCAACAAGUCUUGGUCUCCGAUUACCGCCAUCACACGCAAACAUGGCAGAUCCCCACCGUCGCAAACCCCAGCAUUAAACUGAGCAUGCAGAUAGCCUCGUUCCUCGAGCACGCCCGACCAGAUCAGCUACUCAUCAUUUAUUAUUCUGGCCACGGCUACGUUGGUUCCGACGGCCAACUCUACUGGGCCUGCUCUCCCCAGGACCAUUCCGCAAGGCUGAAAUGGGACGGAGUUCGCUGCCUCAUCGAAGAAGCUCAGUCCGAUCUCCUCCUCUUGCUGGACACUUGCGCCCUCCCCGAUCCCAGCCCUUCCGGUCACGGUCUUAAGCAGGUCAUUGCCGCCUGCUCCCCAGAAACCUCCCGAAAUCCUUCGCCCGCGUCUCGUGCCUACUUCUCUCCAUGUUUAACCGCAGCUCUACGUCAGCUAAGUCGCGCCACGUCCUUCUCCGCCCAGCAGCUUUGCCAGGAGAUAAGGGCUGCCUCCCAAGCAAACUCCAACUCUUCGCCUCGAUUCCCGCCGCCUGCAUUCGAACCUCUGUUCUUCAGCAUGACGCCUGACCAAGGCAAGAGUAUACAGCUUGCACCGUUGUCAGAAUCCCCAUCCAAUGCCGCCGCGCCAGAAACGACCCGGCCCCGAGAUGGUCUGAGCCCAAGUCCAGGCCCGAAACUAACUUUCAACGAAGCUCGCAUUCUAGUUUGCACGACCUUUGUCGGUGAUGCGAGCCCAGAUAUGUCCGCGUUUCACAGCUGGCUACGGAAUACACCACCGUUGGCUGCCCAAAUAACGGUCGAGGGCAUGUUUUUGGGUCCUCCGACAGUCCUGCUUAUCUCAAUGCCCACAGCUCUUUGGGCUAGUGUUCAGCAUGACAAGAUCUGGUACUAUCUGGGCACCAUCACCUCGCGCAACAUGGUUUCUCUCUACGACAAGAUGGUAGGCGCGCCUAACAUCAACGCAAUCACUGAGAGCACGGCAACAACGGCUGCCUCCGAGUCCACUCCGACAAGCGCACAUACUCGUUCGACACUGGGUGCUCCGUGGCCUCAGUCCGGAUAUGCUGCCAACGACGAGCAGCCAGAUGGGCAAACGAGCCCAACUGCUAGAAUUUACCAAUCCCUGGCCGCCGGCGGACUGGGCAUCAAGCCACCAAAGACUCACGCCCCAGAGUCUGCGGAAAUGCAGGAAGCUGCCGAGCAGCUCAAGGCCCUCAGUCAUGUCCGCCACCGAAGCGGCGACGCUGCCAACACUUCUCCCCAGCGCGCCGCCUUGCCCGUUGCUAUGCCAACCCUCCACCCUGGUUUCCGAAACCUGACUCGUUCAGAGUCGAUGCCUGUGCUGGAUAGUGGCACGGGAUCCGCGGGGGCUAGGAUGAGACGCAUGCUUGGAAAGCCCGACAUUCGAUGUGCGCACUGCAGUCAUGCCCCGUUCAAGGAUGCGUCUUCUUUGAGAAAGCAUGUUGCCGCCGCGCACACACGCCCCUUUCCUUGCGCAUUCUACUUUGCAGGAUGUACUAGCACCUUUGGAUCUAAGAAUGAGUGGAAACGCCAUAUUGCCUCGCAGCACCUUUGCUUACAGUAUUAUCGCUGCUCCAUCUGCUUACAAACUACGGUAGACGGAAAGGGCAACGAAUUUAAUCGCAAGGAUCUAUUCACGCAACACCUACGACGCAUGCACGCACCUUUCGAGGUUAAGAGAGCCCUCGCCAAAGGUGAUAACGGUCAACAAGCACCGUCAGAAUGGGAGAGCUACGUCCGGGAAAUGCAGCAGACCUGCCUCAUACAGCGAAAGCAUCCGCCGCAGCGAUCAAGCUGCCCGAAACCCGGCUGUGUGAACACCUUCGAAGGUCCGACUGCCUGGGACGAAUGGACAGAGCACGUCGGUCGGCACAUGGAAAAGGGCGAAGGCGACAAUCUCGGAGUAGACGACUUGCUCCUGCGGUAUGCCCUUGACGAAGGCAUCAUUGAGCGUGUCGGCGAUAACGCAUACAAGCUUUGUCAGGUUCUCGGCAGCGGCGGCACACCUAGCCAGCCGGUGAGCCAGGCCAUGUCGGAAACACACGAGUCUCAAGCCCUGUCCACGCAAAGCUCGGCACCGCCACCACCAGACGAGUCACAGCCGUGGGGUGCCCGUUCUCUUCCGCCGCUUCCUGCACAUCCGCUGCAUCCACCACACGAUCGAAACCCGAAUCCGAACCAGCCAGAGUGA